CCCUGAUAUAUCAACUUCAACCUCGACCUUCAACCCCUUGGACCCCCUUUGUAAUACCCUCAACCUUACCCUUUUUUUACCCUACCAAUCCUAAAUCGGGAGGUUGAUGGGAUCGUCUUUCUUUGUUUAAUUUGUUCAAUAGAGCCAAAGCAGAAUACCACCCACCAUGGCGAAAUCCGAAAAAUCAACCACCACCCCCUCGCGCCCUGCCCCGGCCAGGAAACAGGCCAGUUCCGCCGCGCCCUCGACAAGCAAGAACCAGAGAUCGAUCUUAGGCUUCUUUUCCAAGGCCCCGACCGCGGGACUGCCGCUGCUGAAGAAACAAGCUAGCCCCCCCGCGACGCUGGAGGGUGCUCAGACCGAUGGCCCUGCUGCAGCGAGGACACCGGCGGGGAAGGCGGUGGGGAAGGUGGGAAAAGCGGUGAAGAAGAUGGAUAGGACGCCGGUGGCGAGUAGUGAUGUUAUUGAACCGCCGAGCUCGCAGGGUGGGGGAGAUAAGAAUGCGGUUGUGCAGAGUAGUCCAUCGAGGAGGGCGAAGAGGCCUGUGAGCUACGAGGAGCCGGAUGAGGACGAUGAGGAUGAUGAAGCGCCUGUGGCGGCGAGGAGGAGCAAGUCGAGGAAGAAAGUUAUUGACAGUGAUGAUGAUGACGAUGAGGAUGUGUUUGUUGGCGAGGUUGAUGAGGAGAGUGAUGAUGAUGAUAUGGACGACUUUAUAGCUUCAGAGGACUCUGAUGCUGCGCCCUCGAAAUCGAAGAAAAGGAAGAGGCCAUCGCCAUCCAAGACGCCUUCGAGGAAACGAUCAUAUGCUCCGUCUCCGCUUCCUCCUGUUGUUGAUGAUGAUGUGGAGAUGGGGGAUAGCCAGGGAUCAAGCGCGCAGAGAUGGAAGUACGACCCUGAUGACACCAAACCGCUGCAGCCGCGCUCGUCGAAUAUCAUUCGCAAGCCAAAGCCAACCUCAAGCGAUCUAGCCAAGAAACAAAAGCCUAGCAAGUCGGAGCCGGAACAUCGUUACACUUGGCUCGCGAACCUCCUCGACAUGGACCGCAACCCACCCGGCCACCCCGACUACGAUCCUCGCACGGUGUAUAUUCCGCCAAACGCCUGGACAGGCUUCAGCGCCUUUGAGAAGCAGUACUGGCAGAUCAAGCAGAAGUUCUGGAACACCAUCGUCUUCUUCAAGAAGGGCAAGUUCUACGAGCUCUACGAGAACGACGCCACCAUCGGCCACCAGCUGUUCGACCUCAAGCUCACUGACCGCGUCAACAUGCGCAUGGUCGGCGUGCCCGAGUCCUCGCUCGACCACUGGGCCAACCAGUUCGUGGCGAAGGGCUACAAGAUCGCCAGGGUCGAUCAGAUGGAGUCGGCGCUCGGGAAGGAGAUGCGCGAGCGCGAGGACAGCGUCGGUGGCGCGAAGGCGAAAAAGGUCGAUAAGAUCAUCCAUCGCGAGCUAGCGUGCGUACUGACCAAGGGGACGCUGGUGGAGGGGAGCAUGCUCGAGGACGACAUGGCGACGUACUGUGUGGCGAUCAAGGAGACGACGACGACUGCGGAUGAUCUGCCGACGUUUGGCAUUGCAUUCGUGGACACGGCGACGGGGCAGUUCUUCCUGUCCGAGUUCGUCGACGAUGUCGACCUGACCAAAUUCGAGACCUUUGUGGCGCAGACGCGACCGCAGGAGUUGCUGCUGGAGAAGUCGUGUAUUUCCGUCAAGGCGCUGCGGAUUCUGAAGAAUAAUACCAGCCCGACCACUAUCUGGAACUAUCUGAAGACGGGGAAGGAGUUUUGGGGCGCUGAUGUCACGAAGAGGGAACUUGACUGCAGUGGAUACUUUCUGACUGAGGAGCCGGGAGCAGAUGAGGAAUGGCCGGCUACGCUCACCGAGGCGAAGGAUAAGGAGAUCAUCAUGUCCGCCUUCGGUGCGCUGGUGCAGUACCUCCGAUCCUUGAAACUGGACCGAGACCUCCUCUCCCAGCGCAACUUCGCCUGGUACAGCCCGAUCCAGAAAUCGACCACCCUGGUCCUCGACGGACAGACCCUCAUCAACCUCGAGAUCUUCGCCAAUACCUAUGAUGGAGGGCAGGCGGGGACGCUCUUCAAGAUGCUCAACCGCUGCAUCACGCCGUUCGGGAAGCGCAUGUUCCGCCAGUGGGUCUGCCAUCCCCUGGCAGAUGCGAAGAAGAUCAAUGAGCGUCUCGACGCUGUGGACAUGCUCAAUGCGGAUAGUACGCUUCGGGAGCAGUUCACGGGGCAGAUGACUAGGAUGCCUGAUCUCGAGCGGUUGAUAUCGCGCAUCCACGCUGGAGUGUGCAGGCCGGACGACUUCGUCCGCGUCCUCGAGGGCUUCGAGCAGAUUGAGUAUACGAUGAGCAUGCUGGGUGCAUUUGGCGGGGGGGAUGGCAUCAUCGACCGUCUCAUAUCUGGGAUGCCUGAUCUCAUUGGGCCGCUCGAGUACUGGAAGACGGCGUUUGACCGCACCAAGGCUCGCGAUGAAAGACUUCUGGUCCCCGAGCGUGGGAUAGAGGAGGACUUUGAUGAUAGCGAGGACCGCAUUCUGGGCAUCAAACAAGAAUUAUUCGGACUCAAGAAGGAGUGGGCAGCCAAGCUCGGCACCAAGGGUGUCCAAUUCAAAGACAUCGGCAAGGAAAUCUACCAGCUCGAAGUCCCUGUCAAGAACUCCAAGGCCGUUCCCAAGGACUGGACCAUGGUCUCCUCCACCAAGUCGGAGAAGCGCUACUACUUCCCCGAACUCAAAACUCUCGUACGCGCACUCCAAGAGGCACAAGAGACGCACGGUCAGAUUGUCAAGGCGACCGCCGGCCGCUUCUUCCAGCGCUUCGACAAGGACUACACUACCUGGCUCACUGCCGUGAACAUCAUCGCGCAGCUCGACUGCCUCAUUUCCCUCGCGCGUGCCUCCGCUGGCCUCAGCUCCCCCAGCUGCCGUCCCUCCUUCGUGGACACCGAACGCACCGUCGUCGACUUCACGGAGCUGCGCCAUCCCUGCGUCCUCCCCAACGUAACGGACUUCAUCCCCAACUCCAUCCGCCUCGGCGGCUCCGAGCCAAACAUCAACCUCCUCACCGGCGCCAACGCAGCCGGCAAAUCUACCAUUCUCCGCAUGACAUGCAUCGCCGCAAUAAUGGCGCAGAUUGGGUGCUACGUCCCUGCGGAAUCUGCAACUCUCACCCCAAUCGACCGCAUUAUGUCCAGGCUGGGCGCAAACGACAACAUCUUCGCGGCGCAAUCGACCUUUUUCGUCGAGCUUUCUGAGACGAAGAAGAUCCUCGCCGAAGCAACCCCGCGCUCCCUCGUCAUCCUCGACGAGCUAGGCCGCGGUACAAGCUCCUACGACGGCGUCGCCGUCGCGCAGGCAGUUCUCCACCACGUCGCCACACACGUAGGCGCCAUCGGCUUCUUCGCCACGCACUACCACUCCCUCGCCGCCGAGUUCGCAGGCCAUCCCGAGAUCGCGCCGCGCCGCAUGGCCAUCGACGUCGACGAGGCGGAGCGGAGAGUCACCUUCCUGUACCGCCUCGAGGAAGGCGUGGCGCAGGGCAGCUUCGGUAUGCACUGCGCGAGCAUGUGUGGGAUUCCGCGCAAGGUGGUGGAGCGCGCGGAGGUUGCGGCGAAGGAGUGGGAGCACACGAGUCGGUUGACGGUGGGGCUAGAGGUGGCGAAGAGGGGGACGUAUGUCCCGCUUGGGUGGCAGAGUGAUAUUGCGUGGAUGCUGAAGGAGGGGAAGUUGGGAGAGGGGGCGGAUAGGGGGGUUGAGGUGCUGAUGAAGGCUAUUGCGGGAAUUUGAGCGUGGGGAGGAUGUGUUGAUGUGAUGGAGUGCGUGGCGUGUAUUUGGGACGGAGUUGGCCGGGCUUCAGGUAGCUAUUUCGUUAUCUUGUUUGGGGUACUUGGGCUAUAGCUAUGUGUGCACUGUAGAUGGUUGGACCUUGUUGGAUUGGCAGAUGCGGAUAUGAAGCUAAUUCUACAUUGCAAUACAUGGCGCCUCCUUCCCAUCUAUCUUACCUUGCGUGGC